AUGGCAAACAUAAGACGGUUGACUCCUGCUCCUCCUCCUCCUACAAAUGCCUGGGAUUUGAAUACAUUGGUACCGAAACAAGAGACUAAAAAAGUGGCAGCCGAAAUAUCAAGAUGCCAGAAAGACACAGAAGUCGGUACGUUGGUCAUUCCUCUUUUGCAAUUGCAAUCAGCUAUCGAAACAACGCAAUCUCUUGCGACUCUACCAUCAAAUGAUGCGUUGUCCCUAGAAUCACCACAACCAAAAGUGGCUGCAAGAAUAACAAAUAAACUGAACCAUUUCAUUGAAGUUGGCAAAACGGUUAGAAUCAAAAAACCAUCACUUCCUAGAACAAGAGACAUAAAAGGUGGUAAUGGGAUGUUCAAAUACAAAAUUCCAGAUGACGAUAGCCAAUCACUUGUCAAGUCACAAUCAAAUAUAUGGACAACAGCAGCUACAGCCACAACAUCAUUGUACAACUUUAGGCCAGAUUUAGGGGUCUUCACUCAUUCAGCAGAAGAUCAAUCACUGGUUGAGUCGACAUCACUACCUUCUCCUAUUCUCAUACCAUCGUCGAAUUCAUCAAUGUUCCCCCAAUCCCCAGGAGGAAUACUUUCGCCACAACAGCCCAUGGUGGUUUAUGGUAUGCCAAUGUAUCUGCAUUUGCCACUUCUUCAACAUCUGCUGCCCCAAUUGGUAACGCCAAUAUCACAAGAAAACAAAAGGGAUACCCUCAAGGCAAAGAUUAAAAAACAAUUGCAAUAUUACUUCUCCACGGAAAAUCUUUGCAAGGAUACUUACCUUCGGUCAUUGUUCGACAAAUCUGAUGGCAAACUCGCUGUGAAAGCUUUGGUUGAGUUUAAUAGGCUCAAAGUUCUCACACAUGAUGGAAAGUAUGUUGAAUUAGUAUUGGAAGCAGCUAAAGAAAUUUCCAUAUUGGAAGUACUUGAGGGUAACAGACAUAUUCGAUUAAAGUCUUGGCAAAAGUGGAUAAUACCAUAA